AUGGACAAGGAAGAUGCGGUUCAGGAAAAGACCACGUUCGCAAGGACAUCCGUAGAUCUUCCUCGCGACCUGCAUAAGCUGCUCACGGGUGGGUUUGCCUCUCUUCAUGUUGGAAUGGAAGCGGACAACCUUUCGGAUGACUUCCUUCUCAUGCCGAAUAUGUUGCUUGUAUUAUGCAUGCAAGUGAGUUGCGAUGAGUGCUUCGUCUGCAAGCGCUGCCGGGACGGAAGGGUGUCGAGAUGCAAGGCGUGCAGGCCCUGCUUAGACUGCAGUGAUCAGAGGACCAUCGAUAUCGACCUUGCGGGUUGCAGAGAGUGCGGUGCCAUCCAUCGCUGCGAUGCAUCCUCCUGCCCCGUGUCCGAGGAGAAUGACAGCCAUGUAUGUCUCAUCACGGGCAACUGCGUGAGGAUGAAGAGGUUCACGAGGGACGAGUUCAUGGACAGCGUGGUGAUCAUGGACCUGCCCGAGGCGAUGGAUAGGGAGGUCAAGCUGCUUGUCGAGAUGCGGGAGGUGAAGGAUAAGGUGGAAUGGAUCCUUAUGUCCUCCACGGCCCUUCAGAGCUUCGACCAGGAGCGUGGGCGUAUGGAGCAGAAGCACCGCCAUCUGAUGUGGAAGGCGUUGAGGGAGGUGAAGGUGCAGGGGAAGAUCCCGAACCUCUGCGAGGUGAUGACGAAGAUACUGUAUGCCACCAACAAGAUCAGGGUCUGCAGCAACACCUUCCAGGAGGACCUCCGCUCCCUCAUCUCGGAGCGCUGCACCCACAGCAUCACCCGCUUCCUGAACAUGAUGGGUCAGAGGUUCAAGAGCGUGCUUUCAAGUCUGAAGAGCACCGUGCUCAUCAUCGGGACGCUAUACCUGAUGCGCAUGGGCAUAUCGAUGAACAACAUCAUCCUGCUUCCCCGCAUUCCCCAGCUUCAGCUGCUCCUCCCCAUCGAGACACACCUCAAGAGCUACUUCCACGUCAAGUGCAAGAGCAUCACGGAGGUCGAGAACAUGAUCAAGAUGUGCCUCCGGGGGCUGAGCUCGGGAGAGCUGGAGAGAAUGGGCUUCACCGUGGUGGAGAACGGGGUCGUGGUGUGA